GCCAACCCCAUAAACGGUCACACUCCUUGGCGGCUUCAUUUUUACCAAAAAUAAUUUAACACAAAUUAAGAUAAAUAUGCAAAACGAACCGGAAGAACAGACUUUCCAACUCCAGGCACUUGAGAUACGCGAACCGGAUGUCAAUUUCGAUCCCAAGAAACCACCAGAAUCCGGAGAAGAGUAUUUAAUGCACAUGUUGUACGAAAGAAAACGGUGUCCUGCGGUGGUGACCAAAAGAUCGUCUAAAAUCAGGGAUAAUGCAGGAAAUAACACUUUUGAGAUGAUGGAUAAUCCCGCUCUGCCGCCUUUUAAGUGCCUGCUGCCCACGCCCGAAUGGCGGGAUGAACAGGUGAAAUCCUUCCAAGCAGCUCGCUCCCAGGUAUUGAUCCUUCGCCGGGAGCUAGUUAACCACAACUACGAUCAGUCUGCGGAGCCACCGUUAACCUCGGAUCAGGAGAAGUGGCAGGAGUUCUGCCGAAAUCAACAGCCGCUCCUGAGCACACUACUCCAUUUAACCCAAAGCGAUUUGGAGCACCUGCUCGAAAUGCUGAGCAAAUGGCUGCAGGUCAAGGAUCACGAUACCGACCUCCUCCAGGAUGUCUGGCUUGCCCGCUGGCUUUAUGCCACCUUGGUUUGUCUGCAUCUCCCGCUAGAACCUCAUGUGUUCAGCACCCUUCGAUAUAUCGCCCGAUCCUCCAUCCAUUUGAGGAAUCAAUUAAAAGCGGAGGAAGUGCAGCGAGCAGCGCCCUAUAAUCUACUGCUAACCCUAAUUGUUCAUGUCUUUGCCCAGAGUGAUUUUAAGGAGUAUAUUUAAGGUAUUGAUUUCGUGAUUUAGUAAACCCUAAUGUAAGGACAAACUGACUGUACAAAUUGAUAGAUUAAGCCAACAAGCUAUUCUGGUAAUUAUGCUUAAAUCUUUCGAGCCCAGCAAUGUUAAAAACAAUUUUUGUAUUCUCAAUUUUUCAAAAUUAAAUAUAAAGUGAAAAAUGCUGACAUACUUUAUUUAAGAAUAA